GGGGCGCGGGGCCGCCGCUGCUCGCCCGCCGCGCGUCGGCGUCCCGGGCCCGGCGGCCGGAGAGCAUGGAGGAGAAGUACCUGCCGGAGCUGAUGGCGGAGAAGGACUCCCUGGACCCCUCCUUCACGCACGCUCUGCGGCUGGUGAACCAAGAAAUAGAAAAGUUUCAAAAAGGAGAAAGCAAGGACGAAGAAAAGUACAUCGAUGUGGUGAUUAAUAAGAACAUGAAGCUGGGACAGAAGGUGUUAAUUCCUGUGAAGCAGUUCCCUAAGUUCAACUUUGUCGGGAAACUUUUGGGUCCCCGUGGCAAUUCUCUGAAGCGUUUACAAGAAGAAACCUUGACGAAAAUGUCCAUCCUUGGGAAAGGUUCCAUGCGAGACAAGGCAAAGGAAGAAGAGUUGAGGAAAAGUGGAGAAGCAAAGUACUUCCACCUCAACGACGACCUCCACGUUCUCAUCGAAGUGUUCGCUCCGCCAGCAGAAGCCUAUGCCCGGAUGGGACACGCGCUGGAAGAAAUCAAGAAGUUCCUCAUUCCUGACUACAACGAUGAAAUCAGGCAGGCGCAGCUCCAGGAGUUGACGUAUUUGAACGGUGGUUCAGAAAACAUGGACGUCCCUGUCGUUCGAGGAAAACCCACCUUGCGGACAAGAGGCGCACCAGCCCCAGCAGUAACCAGGGGAAGGGGAGGAGUCACAGCCCGGCCGGUCGGAGUUGGUGUACCACGAGGGACGCCAGCUUCCAGGGGAGUCCUUUCCACCCGAGGGCCCGUGAGUCGGGGAAGAGGACUUCUCACUCCCAGAGCAAGAGGAGUCCCCCCAACGGGGUACAGACCUCCGCCACCACCCCCAACACAAGAGACUUAUGGAGAUUAUGUAAGUGAUGGCGUCACGUAG